UGUUUGUAUACUUAGCGCGCAUGUGGUGUUGCAUUGCAUGUGAAAAAAGAAACAGUUGAACCAUACAGAAUUUUUGUUGAACACAUUUCUGGUUAUUCAAAUGAAUGUUAAAGGAGCGAGUCCCUUUGAUGGGAUGCUAAUCGAUCCCCAUGGUCCCUUGAACAAAGUGACCACUCGGACAAACUGUCCAGAAUGUGGAUCGUCCAGAAAGUACUUUUGCUACACAUGUUACUUGCCGAUGCCUGGAGUAACGGGAGUGUACAACACAGUUGAACUCCCACUGAUGGUUGAUAUUAUCAAGCAUCCUGCUGAGGUGGAUGGAAAGAGUACCGCCGUGCAUGCUCGACUCUUAGCUCCGGACUAUGUCACAAUCUACACGUAUCCUAACAUACCUCAUUUUGAAAACAAGGAAAAGGUUCUUCUUGUAUUUCCUUGCAAGGAUGCAGUGUCUCUUGAGGACCUCUCGAAGAGCAGAACACCACAAAAUGGAAAUUUGGCGAAGGAGGGUGCAUCUUCACAAAGUAACAUCCCCAAAAAACAUCCUCCCAGCAACGCAGGUUCUCCAAUAUCCAACCGAAAAGCGACCAAUAAAAGCAGGCAUAGUAGCGUGACAACUUCUAAAGCAGACUCAACUGACGAUACUUACAGCGGAGAUGAAGAGCCUAACGCACAAGAAACUGACACAUCAACCAUUCAACAGAGAACAUGCAAGUCCCAGAGUCCUGCAUCAGCUGAGAAGACCAUUCAGUCGAAUUGUUUAUCCCAGGCAGAAGAGGACCCACUCCGAUCGUCUCGAGAUCUCCCAUCGUCAAGAGGGCUAUCUGGGGACCUAAGCAAUCUUCUACAAAUAUCUGAAAAGGAAAACAAGGAUCCUGAUGUCAUAUCAACAGGAGCUCAGAUACCGCCUGUCGAGGGUAAAGAAGGUGUUUCUGCGUAUGACAGAGUGAUAUUUAUAGACAGCACUUGGAACCAGUUUGGAGUCAUCAUUAGAGAUGAGAGACUAGCAGAAUUCAAGAGAGUGAUCCUAACAAGCAGAACAACAACUUUCUGGAGAACACAGCUUAAGAAACCUGAUACAUACCUAGCUACGAUUGAAGCGAUCUACUACUUCCUGGUUGAUUACCACAAGAUCAUGCUACAGAGACCUUACAGUGGUCAGUAUGAUAACUUGCUGUUCUUCUACAGCUUCCUGCAUGGACUGGUCAAGAAGGCUGAACAGCUAAAAGAACCCAAGAAGAGACGGGUUCAGAAGAAGAGGUGAUCAUCCUGAAAAGAAGAC